AUGGCUAGUUCGGAGUCAAGCACAUUCUCUGAGUCCCAUGUUCCUGUCCCAGAGUCUGUCAGUUUUCAAUUCCCAACCGAGACAGUCAAGCACCGGGUGAUAGCAGAAUAUCAGCUCCAGAGAUGGCAGGCAAUGGGCAUUUUACCCCAGGGUUUCUAUCCGGCGCACUCGAAGAACUUGAUUCUCCUAUGCGGAACUUGUCAUUAUGGAUAUGACUCGCCUUACCCAAUCUGGGUAGCUCUUCCGGACCUGAACCCGUUUAUCGCUUUUGAGAAAGAAGACUACGAAACUAGGACACAGGCAGCAUUGAACGGCGCUCAUCAACCAAGAGCAUUGCUAGAGCCCCAACAAAAUGGGACACUGUGUCGUCCAUAUAUCUUUAGAGAUUAUCAAAGUCGCUUCCCGAGUGUGGUGGAUUGGAAUUCUUUUCCCAAGCGGUUCAUGGGCUGUCCGCAAACCAUGAUUUUGAAAGCUUUGCAUGGCUGUUUUUUGCCAUACCCACCUGAUGCCAUCCAAGAUGCUCAUGGACACACUAUAAAUGGCGGCUUGCCAUCUGAUGUUGCUGAUAACUUGAACGAAUUGAUCAAGCUUUGGAAUCGGCCAGAUCCAAAGGUGCAGAAACCGCGUCACAAACGGAAGCGAGAUUCUGGCAGCGAGGACGGAGAACAAACCGAUGAAGAGGAUGACGGUAAGGGUAGACUCGGUCGGCGUGGGAAGGAGGGCCCAACUCAGACAGGGCUUAAACAACAGAAAUCCGGCCUGCGUCGCAGCGUCAGACGGACCCAGGGAUCAGGUGAACCUGUGGCCUCUCAAAGCGCGCUGGUAGUAGACCAGUGGUUACAAGGGAUUCAAGACAGGAAGCCUGCAUGUGCUGAACCUACCUCCGUUCCUGCCUCGCCCCCGAUCUCAAACCAUUCGAGAGAACAAACACUGCCAAAUCGCGAUGAAAAAGAGCGGGCGAGCGGACCAUACGAACACUGGGUGCUUGGGCCAGAAAAAACGGCGGCAGACACAAUGGCAGACGCAGCCAGAUGGCAGUAUAUUCGGGAGCUUAACGAGAGAGAUCGGAAAGCCCGUCAAAAGGCCCAGGAGUGA